GGCGCCCGACCUCUACGAUUCUUAGACACGUUCUUAGAGCUCCGGGUUCAUCCCCCUAGAUCACCUAAACAUACCUUUUGAACCUUAGGAUCUGCACAGUAUCCCAGACCUCACCUGUAGCACCCACAGACUUGUUCCUAGACCAUUGGUCCCGCUCUAGAUUUCCAGAUCUUGUUCCCAAGAGCUUACUUGUAGGAACCUCCAGAUCUGUCCCAGAGCCCCAACCUUCCCCAGGGUUUCCACAUCAUGCCCCUAGAACUCUGGGACCCACCCUAGGACCCCCAAACCCACUCCAGGGCUUCAAGUCUCAUCUCCAGGACCCCUGUGCUCAGGCCUAAUCUUUAAGACUGGCCAAUAAACCCUUACCCAGGACCAAAGACCUUACCCCUUGGACUUCUAAACCUCUUUUUAGAACUCCAAACCCCUUUAGGGCUCCCAGGUUUUCUCCUAGAACUCAAGAUCUUACUUUUAAGGCCCUAUUGGGGGAUGCCCGAACUCCAAGACCCUUCUUCCAGGACCCCAAGGCUUGCCUUCGAAUGAUUAGAUCUUUUUUGGAAAAGAUCUCCACCAUCUUCCCAGAAGCCCCCACCCUGUUCCAUAAUCCCCAGCGCUCAUGCCUUACCUCCCCCUCCAUCUCCCUGGCUCUAUCCAGGAUCCUUCAGAUGCCCGGAUCUGCCCGAGAUCCCUAGUGUAGUUCCCUGCUCCAUCCUCCUACCAAAAUCAGAACUCCCUUGUCUGUUGUCUGGAAUUAUCCUCAGCCCACCAUGUCCCACAGGCAGGCAGCCCUGGAGGUCACUGCUCGCUACUGUGGCCGGGAGCUGGAGCAGUAUGGCCAGUGUGUGGCGGCCAAGCCUGAGUCCUGGCAGCGGGACUGUCACCACCUUAAGAUGAGUAUUGCUCAAUGCACGUCCUCCCACCCAAUCAUCCGUCAGAUCCGCCAGGCCUGUGCUGAGCCUUUUGAGGCCUUUGAGGAGUGUCUUCGACAGAACGAGGCAGCCGUGGGCAACUGUGCAGAGCAUGUGCGCCGCUUCCUUCAGUGUGCCGAGCAGGUGCGGCCACCACGCUUACCCUCAGCGGUGGAGGCAAAGCCACUUCCUGCCUCCUGAAGACUCUUUGAACCAGAGGAAAACUGGACCUGAGCGACUGGCCAUUUGAUGCCCCCACGCCUGAAGAGUGGCCAGGUGGAGUCAUGAGGGGCCUGGAUGGGAGUCUGGCUUCUCUGGACAGCAGGACUCACAAUAAAUAAAGACUCUGCAUACCAGACUUUGACUUCUGCCUUCAGCAGCUGAGGGGAAACUGAGGGGAGAGCUGGCUGGGCGGAAACCCCGCUCCUCUGUUCCCCAGCUUCACGCAGUGUGCCUAGGAAGGGCCUGCUCACCAGGGUUAAGACGACCCCUCUUUCCUCGUUAACUCUGCCAACAGCCACUUCCUGUCUCCUGCUGCACAGACAUGGGAAAAGGCUCUUUCUCGCUUCCACUCGAGCAUUUACCGAGUCUUUAUUGAGUGUUUCCUUGAGGUUUAGGGGGCAAUAAUAUCACACUUCUUUUCCUCCUGAAUUUUGAGCCAGUUGUGUGAUAGACCUGCGCACUAGGCAGUGGGAAUGAAAAUACUGGCUUUAUUACUGGGAACAGUGUGGCUUAGAGUCCACUGUCCUGGACUUCUCUUCUGUCUCGGUUUGUGUUCUUCCAGAAUCCAACCUUGAGAAUUGGAGUGCAGAUAGAAUAUUUGGAAUGUGAUUCCAGAAACAUUUGGAGGGGAGUGGAGAGGUAAGACAGAGAGGAAGGCAGCCAAUAAAAGGUGCGUAAUCAAGCCAGUUACCACAGUGGGUGAUGGGCUCAAUCUAAGGGGCAAGGAGGUUGGGGUAUAGAUCACCAACUGCCCAUCUGUCAUUGGGGGCAGUUUUCAUGCGCAUUGACCAUCUUGCACUUCUGCCUGCCCCAUGUGUGGUCACGUGCCCUGCCAUCACACGAGCCCUGAACGGAGAGUAGCCAAGAAUCAAGUAAGCAACGUUCAGCACCCAGAAGAGUGCUGAGUGGAUGUGGGUGGGGAUCAGCAGUGGCUGCGGCAGCUUCUCAGUUUCUCCUCAGGAGUACAUGUUCUGUGGGCCCGGCUGGUUGAUCACCAGCUCCCCAGCAGGGGCAGGUCCCAAAGGGCAGAGGGCAGACAGGCACGGAUGGGGGAGAGAGAUGAGAGUCCUGGGAUCGAGUCCUGCAUCAGGCUCCCUGCCUCUGCCUCUUAUGAAUAAAUAAGUAAGUAAAUCUUAAAAAUCGUUUCUAUUCCUCUGUCUGUUUUGAUGAAUUGUAUUUAGGGAGUUUUCACAUGAUCUGAAUUUUCAAAUUGCUGUAAAUUUGUUCAUAAUAUCCUCAUAUAAUCUUUUUAAGACCUACAGAAUCUGUAGUGAGAGCCCCUUUCUCAUUUCUGACAUUGGUUAUUUGUGCCCGCUUUCUUUUUUUCUUAUUCCAUCUUGAUGGUUUACCAAUUUAUUAAUCUUUUCACAGAAUUUA